AUGGGCCGGAAAACAAAUGUCAAAUACAGGUUUUAUCAAACAAAACUUUGUUUUCAACCGUAUCCCCGAAAUAUUCAUUCAAAAAGAAACCUUCGGAAAAGCCUCAAAAACGCGGACGAUCUGUACAUCGAAGAACUUGCCUUCUCCAAAUCCAACACCAUUAUCGACAUCUACGAGAGACUCGACAAUCUAACCCUCACCUUCGAAAGAGUCUUCACCACAAUCGAAGCCGUCGACCAGAAAAUCGAAGCCCUAGAAGUAAAAAUGGAAAACAUGGUCUUCCAGCCAAAGCCAACCCCUCCACCAAUCAACUAUGCUUAUUCUCGAAUGCUUGUUAUGUCCGCGGAUGAGCCGAAUUCGAGCUCGGACAUGAUCAAUUUAAAAACGCUGUCAAAUGUGAAUUUUCAAAUUUCGUUCCCGAAAUUGCAGUGGCAUUGCUUGGAGAACUACUAUGGAAACGUCUAUUCUAUUGGCGGCCGACACACGGAAUAUGAAAUUUACGAGUUAGAUGGAAGCUGCCGAUUUCAACGAAUGGAUAUUACGCUUCCGAAGGGCUUCAUAAAUCACCAAUGCGCGCUGCAUGAUAAUGUGAUGUACGCGUGUCCUGAUUGGUCGCGUGGGGACUCUUGCAUUGGGAUCAAAAGGGAUUCUAGUGCUCUAACGCGAUGCACCCAAACCGUCCUAAAAGCCUUCGGAAAAUUCGGCGAGCGACUUUGGCAGAAAUCCUUCGUCUGCUCCAAGCAAUCUGAUAAUACUCGCCAAUGCAAGCCAAACAGCUACAGAAAAUUUCAAAACGCAAAGAUUAAAUCGCAGUCAUCCGUUCUUCAACUCUUGACCUGGUGUGAGAAGAAAACUCCAGAAACGACGGCGAUUUGUGAUUUGCAGACGAUGCAAGAUGCUAAGGAGCGCCUUAUUCGGGAAAAUUUCAAGUCGGAAUUGACGAAUAUCAAAAGAAUCAAGACGAUUUACGACAAACCAACUGUGGUAAUCGAAGGAAAAAACGCUGAAAAGUCCGAAAUACCAGCUGGAGUUAUCAACGCGAAUAGAACCUUCGAUAAACGACUGCGGCUGCUUGAAGCCAAACUCGACCAUCUUUCCCGACAAAUCGGCCGACUGUCAAAAUGA